UGGUCAACCUGUGGUGUGUUGUGUGGUGGCGUUCAGUCAUUUGCUCUCUCGUUUAAUUCAGCAUAAACAUUUUAUUUAUUAAUAACUUUCUAAACUUACUAAAGAACCACCAGUUCCUGAUAAAACACUUCAAAGUAACUAACUUCUUUCAAGUGUGCGAUUUUUUUAGCCGGCUUUGUAGCUUGCCAAACUUUUCGAGAUUUCAAAAUGGCGGCAUUUGCGCUUCUUCUUGCUUUCUGUUUGACUUUCGUGCAAGCACAAGAAAAGAUGACAUUUGAGACGCCGAAGAUGACGGAAGAAGAGCAGCAUUCGCCUCACACUCCUGGCUCCUUUGAGAUCCAAUGUGACGCUUGUACGGCCAUUGCACACAGAAUGAAUGUAGCACUGCACAAGGAAGAGGCAAAACGUCCUUCCUUGAAAGGCAAGCCAGUGCCAGAGUCAGUUUAUGUUGAUGCAAUUGAAGGUGUCUGCAGCUCGAAGAGCUGGGAAGACUAUGGAAUAAAGACUGUGAAUGGUAUAAACAGAAUCUCUGGUGAGGGACUAGAAGCUAAGGACGUGCCUGGAAUGAUGCAAGGUGGAGGGAAAUGGCCAGGAAGACUCAUGUCCAAAUGUGAAGGAAUGGUUGGAGAUAUUGGGGAAGACAAACUCUAUGAGAAGUUCAGAGAAGACGGAGAUCUCCAUAAAUACCUGUGCACUGAGUUCAGUCAAGACUGUGUCCGUGACAAGACAGCAAAGAAAGGCAAGAAGAAAACCAAGAAAUCUAAGGGAAAGAAAGACUCCAAGCAAGAACUUUAGACGUAUACAAUACCAGCCCUGUGGAAUGGCCUGAUAUAACUGAGCCAAAGUUUUAAUAGAAUGGUGUGUUGAAAAAGGAAGAAGGAAAGACAUUACAAAGCAGGAAUUCUGUCAUGCCAAUAUAUUACUUAUUAGGUCCAGACGUUCAAAUGCCCGGAAGAGACCAUUCUAUGACUGUUGUCUGGUUUUGAUUUUAGUUGAAAAGUUUGCAUGGUUAGAACAGAAUUGUUUUUUUUUGUUGUUGUUGUUGUUUUUUUGUUUUUAUUUUUAAUGUUUUAAGUACAUUCUUGUAUUUGUAAGGUAUAAGUGAGAGUAGCUAAAAGUAUUAUAUGUGCAAUGGGCAGAUCCACUUGGGGUGGGCUUGUUGGCUAACCACUCAACUUCUGGUGCAUUUUACUGUAUUGUCCACCCCUUUUCAUGUUCCCAGCCCAAAUAAAUUCUACAAGCAUUUUUGAA